AUGUGUAGGGCAAUCCUGACCACGCUGAAGGGCUUUGCGCGAGUUUGGUUCAAUAGAUUGACACCAAACUCCAUCAAUACUUUCAAGGAGUUGAGCACCCAGUUCACCUCGCACUUCAUAGGCGGACAUCAGUACAAAAGGUCCACCCCGUGCUUAAUGAGCAUCAAGCAGCGAGAAGACAAGACGCUGUGGGCCUAUAUAACUCGUUUCAACAAAGAAGCCCUUUCAAUUGACGAAGCUGACAAUAAGAUACUCGUAGUUGCAUUUACUAGCGGGUUACGGAAGGGUAAGUUCUUGUUUUCUUUAUACAAGAAUGACCCGAAGACCAUGACGGAUGUUCUCUACAGAGCUACCAAGUACAUGAAUGCAGAAGAUGCAUUGCUAGCCCGCGAGGAAAAGCCUAAGAAGAGGGAGAGGCAGGAGGACACGCGACAAGAUACGGGGCGAAAGGUUGCUAGAACCGGGGAUCAAUGA